AUGCCUCCCAAAGCUGCCAAGGGCGAGUACAUUGAGACUGACACGGGAAACAAGAUCUCGCGCCGGUCCCAAAUCCACGGCACACAACACAUUAUUCUCGGUGGAAAGACUGUCAUUCAAGCCGAAGCCGUCAUCCGAGGAGAUCUCUACCGGAUUCCUGCCACCGCCGCCUCAACAGACCCAAACAACCCCCCCUCCACCGUCAAACACGCCGAGCGUCGCAAUCACCGUCGGCCGAUACAGCUACAUCUCCAAAUUGGUGAUCACGUCUUUGUCGGCGAAUCGGCUGUUGUCGAAGCUGCAUCACUAGGGAACCAUGUUCAUGUUGGGGCUGGGGCUACGAUUGGAAGUAUGGCUAUCAUAAAAGAUUUCUCCGUCGUGCUUGACGGGGCGGUUGUUCCUCCAGCUAUGGUUGUGCCAAGUUGGUGCGUGGUUGGCGGUAAGCCUGCCAGGAUUGUUGGCGAGGUUGGCGAGGGGUAUGGCGUUGAGGGGGCGGAGGGUGGAUUGGCGAGAGAAAGGUAUCGGGCUGUGGGGAGACCGUAA